GUGAGGCGCAGUGGCGACACGCAGUCGACACAUAUUCAUUGUCUGAGGGGGGGACACCAGGGAAGGUGCAGUUGAGGGGUUAUGUAACGUGCACCUAUCAGUUCGUUUAUGGUUAUCACUGUAAUACUGCCAGAAAAUGCAAAAGAUAUCCGGUGGAAACUGGUGCAGUGAAUAACAAAAGUCAAGGAGGAGAUGCAAAAAAAAACAUAUAUCGCGUGUGGUAUUCGUUCAGUAGGUCGAGGUUUUUUUUAACGAUUGAGGGAUAUCGAGCCCAGUGGUCAAAAGAUUUCUCACUUCCCUUCAACCGUAAUACAUAUCACUGAAUACAUACCUUGAAUGGACCAUUCACAAAGCUUUUGAGAUGCUGAGGUGAAACUCCAGUGGGAAUACAACAAAAGGCCGUCAAUGAUUUAGCAAUACCGUAAGACGAUUACGUACGCUGAAUAUUUUUUCAUCGCUUGCAACAACUCCCGAUACUCGAAACUCAGAUGGAAAGGGAAAAGUUCUAUCGAAUACCUUAAAAAAAUGUACACCUGCUAACAGAAUGAUCUCAUCUCCUUCCGUUACGAGGAACAGCCGCUCGUAAAUCGCUCUCCUGUCAACGCGGGACCAGCCAGAUUGUAGAAAACGGUUGAUGUCUGAUGUGAAUCUUCUGAGGUCUAAAAUCUCAGAAAAGUCUGAUGUGAGUUACAGAAAAAUGUGGAAAGCAGGUAAAAAAUUAUGCUCUUCCACUGCAUCAAUCAUCCGGACUGGACUUGUGCUCAAGGGCAGGUGAACGAGGAAAAUAAUGGACGAGGUGACAGAUCGGUAACAAGGUGAAGGAUAUGGCAAGAAGAUGAACCGUGACCGGUAAUCAGUGGCACGAGCUCAUGUACUGACUUGUGGCCACUCGUCCGCGUCUCUCUUUCUCUUGGCGAGGACUGAUGGGGUGGAAACAGAGAUAGUGACAGGAGGACUAAGGUAACUCUGAGCUCUAGGCGCGGUACCAUAUGGUGUACCGAAUAACUCAGUGGUUCUUGGUCACAAGGAGGCAAGCGCAUAUGCUCCUGGACGUCUGGGCAUCAUGAUUAGAGCUGUGAGAAUGGAAUCUGCAGCACCAAUGAAGCACGUGGCACGGAAAAGAUAACUGUCACUCUGCGGCAAUCGAUCUAUCACCAGAAUAAUAGGGCGAAGCAUACGAACACCAACUGGCGUUUUAAAUCCCAGGUGACUUCAAUGGGGAAGGUAUCCUAAUCUGGGCCCAAACGUAAACGAGUACUUUCAUAUACCAACGAAGACCUGCAAAAAGCUGUGAAAGCUGUGAAUGAUGGAAAAACCCUGGGAUCAGCUAGCAAAGAAUUUAACAUUCCAAAAUCAACGCUAUUCGACAAAUCCAAAGGCUGUUCGGAGCCUGUAAUAGGCCGGCCGGGUCCAGCGAGUGUCUUGGGUGAAUUCUACGAGCAGAAGCUCGUGGAAUGGAUUCUCUACAUGUCUGACCAGGGUUGCCCAGUCACCAAAGAUCAGCUCUUAAAUUCAGUCCAAAAAUUGGUAGAAUCCCUCGGCAAAGCCGAUGUCUUCACUGAUGGUCGUCCAGGAAGGCACUGGUAUUGUGCUUUUCAAAAACGUCAUCCGCAGGUUGAAGAUAGAAUAGCCGAGAGUACAACGUUUUCUCAAGCUAGAGUUACCGAAGACAAAGUUCGCCAUUGGUUUGACCAAGUGAAAAAUCACUUGGCCAACAAAAAUUUAUUGAAUAUUGACGGCUCGCGUGUAUUCAACUGCGAAGAAUCUGGUUUCUAUCUCUGCCCUAAGGGACCGAAGGUCCUGAUCAAACGGGGUAAUCGGGCGGUAUUCGAUGAAAAUGAGUGCCUCACAGCAUUGUUCUGUGGAAAUGCUGCUGGCGAUUGUCUACCACCGAUGAUCACACUCAACUACGUACGAAUACCAGCCAUUGUCACAGCUCUGACGCCAAAAGACUACACUAUUGGUCGCUCGACAAAUGGUUGGAUGACGCCAGGUUCAUUCAUGGAUUGGAUUCGUAAGUCUUUUCAUCCGUGGCUUGUGACAAAUGGAAUUGAAAUGCCAGUAGUGCUCUACCUGAACGGACACUCGUCCCAUCUGACCCUACAGCUGAGUGAUUUCUGUCACGAUAAUGGAAUAGAGUUGAUUUCCAUUCACCCAAAUUACAUCAAUUUUCUCCAGCCAAUGGACGUCGCUGUGUUUCAUCCUCUCAAAGCAGCCUGGAGAGAUGCAAUAACAGAGUGGAAAAUGAAUAAAAAUGGAGGUCGUCUGAAGCGCGAGUACUUCGGUGGAGUUCUGGAGAAAACACUUGAGAAGAUCAAGUGGAAAAAUAUCUUGCCGACUGCCUUCGAGACCACAGGACUUCACCCUUUCAACCCUGAUGCUGUCCAGUACGAGGGGAAUCUACUCAUGCCAAAACACCUGAAGUCAUCGUCUGUACCAGCAGAACUGGAACUUUCUUCUAAACUAGCAGCGAUGACCCACGUCGAGUUCGUGGAGGCGAAUAUCGACCGACAAUUGCUUGAAGAGUUUCAUCUUGUUGAUGAGAGGGAAGAGUGGACUGGGGAUAUUUCUCAGAGAGGCUUGUUCUCGUUCUGGAGAAGAGUUAAAAAUUUCGAAGACGCCCAGGAGAGGCUGAACGUCUCAGCAGUAGACGAGGAGGAAAAGAAUCCUGAUGCACAGAAAGUGUUUCUUGCGGCCACUAAUUUACAACUGUCUUGUCCUUCAUUUAAUACUUUUAAGGACGAAUAUUCGUGA